GUAAUCCUGCUCUUACAUUGGCUGUAGCUGUAGCCCUUCCUCCGUCGCUCCGGCUGGAAGACAAAACAACAACCGUCAGAUAAAAGAGAAAAUGAUGACUACAACUUGAGGCCUUUUUUGCUUUUGUGAACGUAACUAUGGCGCAGAAGAGUGGAGCUGGGGAUGGUAGCGAAGGCAGCGGCGCCGCGGCGCAGCACUACCCGGGUUCGGGCCUCAGAAGUCGCCCGCGUUCCGGCGAGAAAGACGAACAGGUGCGGGUUGUGAAAGCGCUGCUCAUGGAGAAGCUGGGUCCGUAUGAACGGCUGGUGACCUACAUGCAGUCUGUUCUGGUGUGGGAGAGACCUUUCCACAGUGUGCUGUUCCACGUUUUGGUGAACGCCGUCUUCUGGUUCUUUGCUCUGACCUCUUUGAGGUUGCUCUUUCUGUUAGCAUCAGGACUGGCUCUGGCAGUUUGUGCUGACACCUGGAAGAAAAAUAUUUGGCCAAAAAUCAAAGUGAGGCGGCAAGAUGAGAGUGAAAAUGAAAGUUGGGGACUGGUGCAGCCGGGGACUCUGAGUGUGCCUGAGUUGUGUCACCACAUGGCUGAGUUGUGGGUGACUGGGUCGUCAUGUGCAGCUGACAUUGCACGGUUUAAACGGCAUAACCCAGGGAAGUUCUGUAUUCUGGUCUGUGGCCUCUUCUCCCUCCUGGCCAUGGUGGGACGCUACAUUCCUGGAAUAGUUCUCUCAUAUGUUGCUGUACUGAGUGUGCUGUUUUGCCCAUUGGCGGUGUAUUAUCGGCUGUGGCAGCGUGCGUGUGUGAGGCUGGAGCCAGCCCUGCAGUGGCUGGACUUCAGUGUCAAAGGAUACAUGAUGUCCAAGCCCAUAGACAACCAGUUUCUUCGCAGGCCGAUUAGGAGCGCAGCCUCAGGUGACGCCAGCGACAGCGAGGAGGAGCUAGCGGCCUUCUGUCCAACAUUUGAUGAAGCAGUGGUUGCUAAGGAACUAGCACUGACUGAUUCAGAGCACUCAGAUGCAGAAGUCUCGUACACAGAAAAUGGCACCUUUAAUCUCUCCAGGGGACAGACUCCUCUCACUGAGGGCUCAGAGGACUUGGACAGACACAGUGACCCAGAGGAGUCAUUUGCCCAGGACCUCCCAGACUUCCCCUCUAUAAACCCAGAUGCCACCCUUAUGGAGGAUGACGACGACCCCAGCCUUGGUCUGCCCAGCCUGGGCUCGGCUGGCCUGUCCGGUCCCCGCGGCUCCACUACCUCUGCCUUGCUGGACAUGGACGCCCAGCUUGACUCGGACCAGGAGGACCUGGACCUCUCUUUGGGUGCCCUCAACGUAACCUCUGACCUCAGCAGCGAUCUGGCAGGGAUUCUAGCCAGCAACAUGAUCCAGGCAGCGCUCACGGGGGCCAUGCAGCCCCGGCCGCCGCAGGGCCCACGCAGGGAGGGUCCUCCCAGGGCUGGAGCUGUACGUAGCUACAGGAAGCAGUCGAGUUCAGAGCUGGACACGGACCUGGACUUGGAAGGAGAGGACUUUGAAAUGCUGGACCAGUCUGAGCUGAACCAGAUGGAUCCUUUAGGGGGUGCCGGCGGGAGAGGAGCAGGUCAGGGUGACCAGAAUAGAACCCAGGGGUCCAGCUUUCUGUCAAACCUGCUGGGGAAGCCACAGUGAGCCCUGUGUGUGGUUGUUUGUGUAAUGCACAUCUACCUAUAUCACCACCUUUUUACCUGUCUCUUCUCCAUCCCUCAUGUUUUAAUCAGCGUGGAGCACAUUUGAGGUGCAUCAGGGUGUGGAAGUGUGUAUGCACUUGUGUUUGAGAGAGAGAGAGAGAGAGACUGACUAUUUGUUUUUGCACGGUUAAUGAAUGUGGUAUUAGGUCCCACUGGCCAGUAACCUUUCCACUGGCUACAGGCAAUCACUGUGAAGUAAUCUUAAUCUUAUUUUUAGUCUUCUUCUUACUUCGUUUUUCUGUCCUCUUAUGUAUGUAUGAAAGAGAGAGAAUGAAUCAUGUCUAAAAGACCCCAAUUUAUUUUGUAGGCGAAGCAAUAGAACAUAAAUACUGGGAAGUUAUCUGAAAUACUACAAAAACCAGCAUUUUAAACCCUGAACCUUUUUUGCAACAUCUACUACAUCCAGCUAAGUGUAACUGAGCCUUUUCAAUUUUUUAAAGGGGAAUUCCUUUCACAUUUCAAAGCUUUUACAUAAUUGAAGUGGCUAUGGUGUAAACAAUGUCAUUUAGAGUGGUUUGAUGCAAAGUGCUAUGUUCUAGAGAAAGAAUUUUUCACAGUGGUGGUGAUGGGAACCAGAUGUGUAAAGUGUUUAAUGCCUCUAAAAGCUCCCUCAUAGGAUGUUAUUACAUGGAGUAUUAUCAAUAUGAAGUCUGAGACACUGUUUAAUAUUUUAAAAUCCAUUCAUGGUGGAGAGGUACAUGCAGACAUUGUAAGGCAAAAUAUCCACCAAAUUAAACUUAUUUUACUCUAUUUUGCCACUAUUAUUUUUCACUGUUUAUCAUUUUAUUAUUGUCAAUAUUACUUUUAAAACUCAGACACAUGUGUAGGUUCACUGGUAUUUGUAUACAUGUUGUGUAUAUCACAACAUGUAAAGAAAUCUGAUGUGUCUUAUUGAUGGGAAAUUAACCAUUUCACGUCAGACUGCUCUGAAUGACUUUGUAUACAUUUUCAGCCAUUCAGUUAUGGAAAUUUUUUAAAACUUGAUGUAAUUACCCUUUAAAGACAAAUCUAUACAUUAUGUGCAGUCAGCACUGUUUGUUGCCUAAUGCGUUUCACCAUUAUGGGACCAAAUCAGACAUUCCUGCAUAUACUCUGCUGAUGUAGCUCAAAGACAUCCCAUAAAAGCAAUACACGGUAAGGCUACUGGAAAGCAUUGGUGUUAAACCCCAAUCAGGAGUGACUGCAAGGUGCAAGCAAGUUCAUACUGCAAAGUGCUAUGCAGUAAGGUUUAUGAAUAAUAAUAACAAAGCCCCCCCAGCCAAAAUUUACAAUAUGCUUUCUGUUUGUAAACUCGGAGCUAAUCCUGGAGCGGCUAUGUCAGAUCAUGCUUGGAGCUAUUUUGACUGUUGCCAGAAUGUCAUUCGCUUUUGGUGCUUUUAUUUUCCUUUUUUCUUCCAUUUUCUUUUGUGAAUGUUAGUUGCUUUUUUGAUUUGACAUGAAAAUCAAGGCUUGUGAGAGCGAGAAAGGGGUCAUUCCAAAGGGUUAAAUAAAAACUAAAUCCCACUGAUGUAGCGCAACAGCUCCACCUCUUGCAGAGAUAUUAUACUGAAUGACCCAGGAAUUAUAAAUCAAUAUUAGUGAAGGAUUCCAAUUUCUGAUUUCAUUAUAGACAAAUUGGCAAAUGUUUUAUAUUUUAAUUUUUUGGCUAAAUUAUAUUGGCCUUUUUUUAACUCUAACAUCACACUGUGUGGGCUUAAAGAAUAUGUGAAAUGCACAGUGGCCAAAUUGGCAUUUUAAAUUAAGUUGGCUUUUUAAAUGACAUGAAUAAAUGAAAUACUGCACUAAAGUAAUAGGUAUGGUGCUGUUUUGCACAAUGUAUCGGGCAUACAGUCAUAAAUCAUCCAAAAGUUACAUCUCGUCAAAUGACAUGUUUUUUGUAUAUGCCUGUAAUUAAGGCUAUGGCAUUUUUGCAUAGGCGUAACAGCAGCAUUCAAAUACCAUUGAAAGUGCAGCUACCUCACAUUAUAUUAUUUACACCAUGAACGUGCAACACAAUUCAACCAAAGUCAAAAUAGUAUGUUGCCAAAAUGCCAAUCACGUUUGGAGCAAAAUCUUGCUGAUUGCAGUCUCUGCUGAUUACACUCGUGAGUUUUUUCACUGCUUUAUCAUCCUUGAUUCUGAAGUUUCUAAGUUUCCUUGAUUCUAUUGUUUAUGUAAAACAUUUGCUCUUCUGUCAAAGAAACAGAUUUUGCAGAUUUUACUCCUAUGAAACACACCGUGUGGACUGUGUUUUUAAGUUGCACACAAAUUGUUCAGUUCGUUGAUGGUUCAGUUUUUCCCAUGACAACAUGUUUUAGGUUGAUUGUUCCUUUAUGCUGGCACAGUCCUGUUCGAACUACAAUCUUCUGUAUGUGCAGAAAAAUACAAAUGUUUUGGGGCCCCUGGUCCACUGA